CCCCCAGCGGAGGGAGCGGGGACCAGCCUGCCUCCCGUCCUAUAUCAGGACCACCUCCACACAGUGUGGGCCACACCGGGUUCCUCUGAGUCCGCCCCGAGGAGCUUUACCAGGCGUUUAGCAGUCCCGUGGAUCGCGAUCAUCACUUACAAAAUGCUGGUGUCUCUGGCCAUCCUCCCGCUGCUCCUGGUACCAGCACUCACGGUGCCCACCGGAGACAACUGGGAGCCCUGGGGGCCGUACGGAGAAUGCAGUCGCACCUGUGGAAGCGGCGUUACCAUGAGAACCAGACGCUGCAUCACCCAGAGGACGGACGGCGGACACAACUGCGUGGGUCCCAACAAGUCUUACAGCUCCUGCAACGUCCAGGACUGUCCGGAAGGUUCCAGGGACUUCCGUGAGGAGCAGUGUUCUCAGUUCGACGGGACCGACUUCCAGGGCAAACGCUACAAGUGGCUCCCCUACUACGGAGCGGAGAACCCGUGCGAGCUGAACUGCAUGCCGCGCGGGGAGAACUUCUUCUACCGCCACCGCAGCUCCGUGGCCGACGGGACGCCCUGCCACCCGGGCCGCCGCGACGUCUGCGUGGGCGGAGUCUGCAAGCGUCUGGGCUGUGACAACCUCCUGGAGUCCACCCAGCAGGAGGAUGCGUGUCUUCAGUGCGGGGGGAGCGGCCAGUCCUGCCGCCGCGUCCAGAACACCUUCUCUGUCCAGAGCCUGCCCAACGGUUACAACCAGAUGUUCAUCAUCCCUGUAGGCGCGACCAGCAUCCGCAUCACAGAGACCACGCCCACUCGCAACUACUUCGCCAUCAAGAACCUGCGGGGGGAGUACUACCUGAACGGCCACUGGGUCAUCGAGUUCUCCCGCUCCACCCCUGUGGCCGGCACUGUGCUGUACUACCAGCGCGGACCAGAGGGGGGCAACACGCCCGAAACCAUCAUCGGCCGCGGCCCCACCACCGAGCCCCUCGUCAUCGAGAUGAUCAGCCAGGAGCCAAACCAGGGGGUCGAUUUUGAGUACUACCUUCCCAACGGACGCUCUCGGCAGGGGUACUUCUGGAGCUACGGCUCCUGGGCGGCCUGCAGCAAGGAGUGUGGAUCAGGCUUCCAGUCCCGUCUGGUGUUCUGUGCCAUCGAUAACGAGGUGUUCCCCGACUACCUGUGUGCCUCCCUGCCCCGACCCUCGAGCAAUCGCACCUGCAACGCCCAGGCCUGCCCCCUGACGAACAGCUGGACGAUGGGGGAGUGGAACACGUGUUCGGUCACCUGCGGGGGGGGCUCCCAGCUGCGCAGCGUCCAGUGCGUGUCCCAUGAUGCAUCUGGGCCCCGCGUGGUGGAGGACGCCGUCUGCGCGGCCUUCUCCGAGGCCCCGCCCACUCUGCAGACCUGCAACAUGCAGAGGUGUGCAGAGUACAGCGUCAGCAGCUGGAGCCAGUGCUCGGUGUCCUGCGGGGCCGGGGACCAGACCCGGGAGGUGACCUGCGUGGGGUCCGGGGGGAUGAGGCUGGAGGAGGCGGCCUGCAGCGCCUUGCCCCGCCCCCUCGCCGCCCAGGCCUGCCAGAUGGCGCCCUGCCCACGCCGCGCGAUUGGCUGGCACGUUGGAGACUGGGGACUGUGCUCCCGGAGCUGCGGCGGGGGUCUGAGGGACCGCCGGGUGAUGUGCGCCGACGCCGACCGGAACCUGUACCCCGUGGAGCGCUGCUCCGCCCAGCCCCAACCCGCCGCCGCCGAGAGCUGCAACAGCCAGGCCUGCCGCCGGCCGCAGCUGGUUCCCAGCGUUCAGGACCCCACAGGACAUGACAACACACAGACCGGAUUCACCCCCUACGUUCCAGAGGUGCCCACCACAGGCCACGGCUCGGCGACCGGCACCGUGCACGACCCCCACAGCUCCGCCCCCGCCAUCCACUGCAGCCAAUCACAGUACGGCUGCUGCCCUGACGGACGCGUGGCGGCCGGCGGGCCCCGCGGCCUCGGCUGUCCCCGGGUGCAGGAGCUUCCGGUGGCCCCGCCCACCGACGCCCAGCAAUACUGCACCGGCACCAGCUAUGGCUGCUGCCGUGACGGAGUGACCCCGGCUCAGGGCCCCAGCAGGGAGGGCUGCCAGGAACACGCGGCGGCCGCACCGACCGCGGCGGCGGCGGCGUCCCUCCCCACCACCAACGCCCUGCAGUGCCGCACCACCGUCUUCGGCUGCUGCUACGACCGCGCCACGCCCGCGGGGGGGCCCAACGGAGAGGAGUGCCCCGCCCACCACCUGGAGCGCACCGUCUGCACGCUGCCCAAGGCCGCCGGCUCCUGCGCCGACUGGACCGCUCGCUUCCACUACGACGUCAUCGCCGGCAAGUGCGUCCACUUCUGGUACGGGAACUGCCACGGCAACAACAACAACUUCAUGACCCGCGCCGAGUGCCAGCAGGCGUGUCCGUCCGGACCGGCGUCGGCCCAGUGGACCCCGGGGCCCGCCCCCAUCGGCCCUGCCUCCAGGGGCCCCGCCUCCAGACCUCCAGCAGGGGGUGCCACCUCCGUCGGUGGCGGCGGCGCCACGCCCGGUGUGGGCCGCGACAUGGGGGGGGUCUUCACCGCCCCGGGUGGGGCCGGGGUCGCCCGGCAUGGGGGCAACGCCGCCUCCCACGCGCACCGCGCCCGCCUCCACCUGCGUCCCCGUCGGCCCACCUUCGGGACCGCGGCGCAGAGCGCCGGCCCGGCAGCGAGUCUGACCCUAGGUGGGGGUGUGACCAUCGACCCGUCGGACCCGUCCCGGGUGGAGGCCCUGGUGGGCCAGACGGCGGUGCUGCCCUGCAGGGUGAGCCCCCCGCCCUCCUCCACCCUCAUCGUGGAGUGGCGGCGGGACGGAGAACCGCUCUCCACCCGCAGACACCACCAGCAGCCUAAUGGCUCCCUAUUGGUCGGUCCGCUCAGCAUGGCCGACGCCGGGUGGUACCUGUGUGUGGCGACGCAGGACCGAGAGCGAGACCACCGAUACAUCUACCUGUCUGUCUCAGAGGGAUCUCAACCCAUUCCAACAGAACCACUACCGGGUGACGGACCUUCACCCAGGUUCAGCAUCCAGAGCUCCGCCCCCUCGGUGAUGGAGCUGCGGUCCGGCCAGACGGCCACUCUGCCGUGUCACAUCCUGCCGGCCUCCGCCCUCUCCUCCGUCACCAUCCACUGGACCAGAGAGGGACACACACUGACGGAGUCCAGAAUUACCCAGAAUUCCGAGGGCACGCUGACCAUUGGCCAGCUGAGGUCAGGUGACUCAGGGGUUUACACCUGCACAGCGUCCAAUCAGAAGCAGCUGGAACAGAGACAGCUGCAGCUCAGGGUGAAAGCCGACCUGCGGAUCACCACGGCGCCCACCAACGUCCACGUCACCCAGGGCGACACCGCCGUGCUGCCCUGCGUCGUCUCCGGGGACAACGUCAACGUCGGCUGGUCCCGGAACGGCGUCCCGGUGCGGGCCGACGGGGUGAAGGUGCGGGCGUCGCCCGACGGCAGCCUGGUGGUGAGCGACGCCCAGCCGGCCGACGAGGGGACGUACACCUGCAACGCCUACACCGGCAUCUACUCCGUCAGCGCCGCCGCCGAGGUCAAGGUCACGAGGAGGAGCAAGCAAGUGGACCUCCCCCCGGACUGCGUGGACCAGCCCGACCUGGCCAACUGUGAGCUCAUCGUCUACGCCCGCCUCUGCUCCAACUCCUACUACUCCAGCUUCUGCUGCGGCAGCUGCACCCGCCACGCCCGCUCCACCCGCAGGGCCCACCAGCGGGGCUAGGGCCCCCAGGACCCCCCCAGGACCCCCCCA